AUGAAUCCAUCAGAUGCAUCUUCAGUUUCUAACGACCUUCGACUUCCUGACGAGAAGUAUGUAACGCUUUCCGAUGGUCGACAAUUAGCAUAUACUGAAACAGGUGACACAAGUAGUGAUAAAAUUAUCAUCUUCUUUCAUGGAGUAUUCGGUGUGGGUGACUCAUCGAUUGAAACAAAGCUUUACCAAGAUAUAGGGUAUCAUUUCAUUGCUCCUACACUUCCUGGCUGGGGCAAUAGUUCACCAUGGCCUGAAAAUCAAUCGAUUUCAAAAUAUCCUAACGAUAUUCAUCAACUAUUAGCAUCUUUGAAAAAAAAUGAUUAUAAAAAUCUACGAAUUACUGUUGCAGGUGGCAGCUAUGGAACUGUUUUCGCUCAAAUAUGUUUUGGUACAUCCACCGAUGUAAUGCCUGAAGCUAACAAUGUUGAAUCAUUACUUAUUUGUUCUAGCUUUUCUCCGUUUAAAUAUCACCGAGAAUAUACAACUGGAAUGAGUUGGUUAAAUUAUUUUGGAGUUGGCAUACCAGCUAUUUAUUUUCCGUCUAUUAGAAGACUUAUGGGAUCAUUUAUUCAAAAGAAAACUCGGAAUAUUGAUGAAGCGAAAAAUUUCUUGCGAACAUAUAUAUUUGAUCAAAUGGAUGAUGAAGAAAAGACUAAACUGCGAAAAUGGGAAGAGGAGAGAAAUAGACCAUCGGAAUGGGUUCUCAAUAAGAUGGCAAGAAACAUGUGCUUGAGUAUUUCUAAAACAAUGAUUGGAUUCAAUACAGUUGCACAAGUUUUACAUGAGGAUUGGGGUUUUGAUCCGCAAAAACUCCCAUCAUUACCAAAGCGAAAAGUGUUGAUUAUAUCUGGAAAAGAUGAUAAAUUAGCUCAUAUGGAAAUGUCCACAUAUCUGGUGAAAAGUUAUCCAAAUGCAGAACUUCGAAUUCUUGAGGGCGGUCAUUUGGCAUCAUUUUAUGAAAUCAAUGAAAUUAUCAAAAAUUGGUUGACAAAUCUUGACAAAGAGCUAAAUGCAUGA